AUGACUAAAGAACCCAUUUACUCUCCCCGAAUGUUACACAGAGAUCCUGAUAGUCCACGUCCUGUAUUACCGACUCAACUCACAUCAUCAACCCUCAGAUGCAGCCAAUUCCAGACAAAUGUGUUCUGCUUAAGAGAGCGAGAUCUUCUAGAGCGAUUUACUUCUGAAGUUGCACAGCUUCAAGGGAGAGGAGAAAGUCGAGAAUUCUCUUUCCUCCUGAGUCAUCAACUUGCUGAAGACUUAGGUAAAGCUUUCACAGAGAAAGCAAUGCUUCAAACCAUUUUGGAUGCUGAGGCAAAACUACCUACUGGCUCAGUAAAGGAUGUGUUGGGUCUUGUAAGAUCAAUGUACGCAUUGAUCAGCCUGGAAGAAGAUCCAUCGUUGCUGCGAUAUGGUUACCUAUCUCAGGAUAAUGUUGGAGAUGUGAGGAGAGAAGUUUCAAAGCUCUGUGGAGAGCUUAGACCACACGCGCUUGCACUCGUCACUUCAUUCGGCAUUCCAGACUCCUUCUUGAGUCCAAUUGCAUUCAACUGGGUCGAAGCCAAUACUUGGUCUUCAGUUUAGUUACCUGCUAGUAACAAUCUCUUCCAUAAUUCCCAUAUAUCUCUUAUAAAAGUUAUGUUUCCACAAAUCUACAGAAACUGUUGUAUGCUCGUCAUAAUAAAAGGGUAUAUAUGAUAUGUAUCCAGGGUUUAUUCUUUACUUAAAACUGGUCCAAACAAAAAUG